AUGUUCGUUUCGGGAAAGUUCAGGAAGUAUCUUAAAAGAUUAUUUUGGGCAGCAAUCGCCGCUGUGUUCCUGUAUAUGAUGGUGAACUCUUCACAAAAAUUGUUGAUGAAUUACCUCUACCAUCCGUUCACUUUCUCAAUCGACACUGCCUAUUUGCACUGGAACACGACAUUCCCAUCGGUAAGCCUUUGUCAGAUAUUGAACGAUGAGUCGAUGGCCGAUAUGCUUGAGAAUGAGAUUGGCGAAGAUCGUGACUAUAAGCUUGACAAUGUUAUUAGCGAUAUAGCGUUCUACAGUGGGACAUGUUAUUCAUGUGAGGAUUGCACUAAUGGACAUCUGGACUGUCCGAGAAAUUUUUCCACCGUUGUGGAACGCUACCGGUCCGAUUGCGCCACUCUCAUUUCCAACUGCUACUGGCAGAAUGAACCGUUCGAUUGCUGCCGGUUGUUCCUCCCACUCGAGACCGAAUUUGGACUGUGUUACAGCAUUAACUCGCAGAACAGUUUGCAGAAGGCGGCAUUUAGAUUGAUUAACAACCGAUACACCGGUCCGGGGGAGCUGCGAUUCAAGGUGAACGAGGAUAUACAAAUAUAUCUGCACGAUAGCUAUGCCGUUCCGUAUGCGUAUGUGGAUCGGGCUCUCAAGGAAACUGUGCUCUGGGGGAUGAACAAGGAAAUCAUAAUCAAGGUUAUCGAGAUGGAAAACACUGGAAAUGUGCAAGAUAUUCCCAUCAAUCGUAGAUAUUGUAGGUUUCCCUGGGAGAAUCCGGAUGAGUUUUUUCACCUUUACAGUAGUUAUAGUUUCUCGUCCUGUGCGGUUGAAUGCUUCAUGAAAACUCAAUUGAAAUACUGCAAUUGCACCCACCAUUUGAUGCCGAGACCGAAAAAUGGCUUCAAACCAGUAAAGAUAUGCAGCUUCAAAGGGCUUACAUGUUUAACAGAAAAUUCAGCGGUAAUAGCCAAGCAAAGAAAGCAGUGCAACUGUCUGUCGUCUUGUGUCGAGCCAGAGUUUUUCGUGAUUUAUAGUUCCGAGAGUGAAGUGGACAACGAAGAGAACCAGGUUACGAUCAGAAUGCUGUCCCUACCCGACAGCAGGUUUGUGAGAAACACCGCGAGGACCGAGUUGGAUCUUUUCAUCUCUCUAGGGGGCAUCGUGGGGUUAUUCUCGGGAGCAUCCGUUAUCACGCUGUUCUAUAUAGCAUCCGUUGCCAUCCGUUACGUUGCAUCAGCUCGAAAACAACGUGCAAUGGAGGGAAACUCUGAAAACUCUGAAAAUGUUUCCGGGCUGACUACUCCGACAGCACAAUGA